AUGAAAGCAAUUUCCUUCGUCGAUGCCAAACCCCAAGUUGUCGAGACUACCAAGCCCGGAGUCGUAGAGGCAGUCGGCGCCAAUGUGAGAGAUUUUGAGACUGGUAUGCAAGUCUUUGGUAAUCUUCCCUAUGCCUCGAGUACAACACAAGGUAGUCUUUCGGAACACAUCACUGUCAAGUGGGAUGCUUUGGCAGUCAAGCCCAGGAAUAUCAACAUGGACUUGGCCGCCGCUGCUACUACUGAAUCACUCACUGAUCUUCAGUCUUUGAGAGACAUUGGAAAACUCCCCGUGCAAGGUGGUCGCGUGUUGAUCAAUGGAGCUGGCGGUCAAGUUGGAUCUUGUGCCGUUCAGAUUGCGGUAGCCUUGGGAAGCGAAGUGACUGCCAUCGUCAGUACCAAGGAUAUCGAGAAGGUGACCAAACUAGGAGCCACCACAGUCAUUGAUCGUAAAAAGACGCCAAAUGUAAUGGGUCAACUCAAGGGUGGUGAGUUCGAUGUCAUUUUUGAUACCCCCGGCAAGCUGUCCGCUCGCAAGACUACCACCAAGUACCUCAAGCGUGGUGGCGUCUACGUCAAUACGUCCCCCGAUGACAUGCUGGAUUUCCUUUUGGGCAAAUUGUUUACCCUUUUUUCUUCCAAGAGUGUAAAGAUGAUCAUGGUGGAAUCUAAAAAGGCAGAUCUCGAACGAGGAAUUGGAGAAUGGAUCUCCAAUUCUGACCUCAAAAUUGACAUCGAUUCCGUCCAUGACAUUCAGGAUUGCGCCUCAGCCACCAUGAGCCGUCAAAAGGAUCCUGCCAAACAUGGUCGUGUCGUCGUCAAGGUCAAGGGUGGCUUUUAA